AUGAAGGUCUCCGAGAUCGUUGCAGCUGUGCGUGCGCGUGCGACCAACGCAGCUGAGCUGGCCAAGGCAACAGUGCUGAACGUCCGCACGGAGGCACUCGCGUCGGCGGAGAGGUUGAAGAUGUCGGUCACAGCAUCCGCAAAGACUGCUCGAAAGAUGGCAGAGAACAAGAUGAAGGAGACUAUGGAUGGGGCAGCAGCAGCAAAAGCAACAGUCCUGAGCCAGGUCCAGGCGUCCCGCGCCGCACUGGCCGCAAGCUACGCUGAGCUCCGUUCCGAAGGCCUGCGAACCUGGACCGCCAAGACCUCCAAGGUGCUUCAGCAGAAGGCACUGACGACGGCCCAGGCCUUGAAGCAGUACGCUGCAAACAGCGCGCAGAAAACCCGCAAGUCGACUUUGGAGCUCGCCUUUGCGGUGCGCCAAGCGGCAACGGCCAGAGUUCUUGCCGUGAAGGACCGUGUGGUCAUGGCUCGCUCGCAGGUCCAUGCCCAGGCCAGCAGCGCCGUUGUCAACGCCAAGGCCAAGGCACUGGAGGUCUCAGGGAAGGCCAAGCAAGCUGCCAAGGAUGGCCAUGUGCAGGCAACUGCGGCUGGCAUUGCAGGUGGCGCUGCAACCCUUGGCGCCGCAGGCGGCGCGACCGGCUUGGCAUCGGGCGUCGCCGUCGGUGCAGCCCUGGGCGUCGUCCCUGCUCUGUUCACGUUUGGCCUUUCUAUCCCCAUCGGCGCUGCCAUCGGAGGUGGCACCGGUCUGGCUGUCGGCACUACGGUUGGCGCAGCCGCUGGAGCCGUGAGUGGAGGAGCCGCCGGCUAUGGAGCUUAUGCGAAGCGUGGUGAAAUCCAAGAGAUGCGCAAGAAUGCCAUGACGCGGGUCUCCUCCGGAGUUGACCUCGUGCGAGGGAAAGCCGUGGCAUCCGUGGACUUCGUGAAG